AUGGCUAAGUUCUCUGCUCUCCAAGUUUUCAUAGUUUUUAUUGCAUCUUUGCUUCUAGUUCAGGGAUGUUAUGUGAAAUCUAAAGAAGAAAUCGAAGAUAGAAUUAUUACUCCACUCAAGCAUAUUGCCAAUAUUCCUGAGGAGCACAGAUGGGAUUCCUUCAGUGGUUAUAAAGGAGAUGGUACUCCUCAGACCCAAAAUUCAGGCCACCUCAAAAACUUUCUGACUAUUGUCAGAAAUGACCGUGCUCCAAUUCAUUGUGGGGGAUGCUGGGCGCAAGCAGCAGCUUCUUCAAUCUCAGAUAGGAUCAAGAUCAUGCUGAAUGCAACAGGGAGCGAUGUAAAUAUCUCCCCGCAAUUGUUUCUUUCCUGAUCUGAUAGUGACCAAGGAUGCCAUGGAGGAGACCCUCUUUCUGCCUUCAAAUACGGAUACGAAAAUGAGUUAACCGAUGAAACCUGUACAAUGUACCAAGGAAGAGGCCACACCAAUGGUCUCGAGUGCUCUCCUGGUGUUAUAUGCAGAACUUGUUAUGGAGGAAAACCGUGCUACAUGCCAGAAAAAUACAAGAUUUAUCGCCUUUCCGAAUACGGAAGGGUCUCAGGCGAGGAGAAUAUGAAGCAAGAGAUCUAUCAAAGAGGUCCUAUUGUCUGCAAUAUGGCCAUUACUGACGAAUUUAAGACAUAUAAAAAUGGCAUAUUUGAAGAUUUAACCGGAGCUGAUACCUUAUCCCACUCUGUAUCAAUUGUUGGAUAUGGAACUGAAGAUGGCCAAAAGUAUUGGCUUGCUAGAAAUUCCUGGGGCUCUUACUGGGGAGAGGAUGGAUACAUCAAAAUCAGCAGAGGUAAUAAUAACCUUCAAAUUGAAUCUGACUGUAGUUUUGGAGUCCCUCAGGAUUUUACCAAUGAGCAGGAAUGGCACUAUACCACAGAGGAAGAAAAGAAUGAUCCAAGAAAUGACUUUACUAAUGGGCCAUACGGACAAAUGAACCCAAACAACACUUUCUAUUUCGGUGAAGAAGAACUUGGAGGGGUGAACGUACCAGCAGAAUUCUUUACCACUAAAACCGAAGAUCUCCCAAAAACUUGGGAUUGGAGGGAUGUUGAAGGAGUUAACUACAUGUCAUGGACUAAGCAACAGCAUAACCCUACCUAUUGUGGAAACUGUUGGGCUCAUGCUUCAACUUCAGCACUCUCAGCUAGAUUUAAUAUUCUAAACUGGAAGGUGAACAAAGAUUAUAGUGCAAAACAGACGACUUUAUCUCCUCAAAUUCUCACAUACUGCCAUAUCGGUGGAUCCUGUUGGGGAGGAAAUCCAGUAGCUGUUGUUAGAAAACUUCAAAGAAUCGGACUUGGAGAUGAAUCCUGUUCUCCAUACGUUGCUAGAAACAUUGAUCCGAAAGGAAUGCCUCCUUGUGAACCAAUUCAUAAAUGUAGAUCAUGCGAAGGACCUAUCCCCUCCGCUGAGGAAGAAGGAGUAGAUACUUGUAACCCUGUCGAAGAUUAUAAGAAGCAUUAUACCUCUGGAUUCAAUCUUUUCACAGAUACAGAUAUCAUCAAGAAAGAGCUGGUAUUAUUUGGCCCUAUUACAUGUGGAAUGAAGGUAACUCCAAAAUUUAAAAACUACACCUCUGGUAUAUACGAAGAGAAGGUAUUCUUGCCGAUCGAAAAUCAUCUAGUAAACAUUAUUGGCUACGGCACUGACGAGGAAACCGGACUAGACUAUUGGCUUGUCCAAAACUCCUUCGGUACUUACUGGGGUGAAGAUGGCUUCUUCAGGAUCAGAAUGGACAAAAACAACCUUGGCAUCCAGACCUAUUGCUCUUCAGGCUAUCCUUCUUACUCUCCUGUGGAGGAAGAAGUAUUCCACAGCCAUGAAACACUCAAAAGUUAUUAA